AUGUAUACUAACUUCAAGUAUAGAACUCCGGAAACAAGGGAACAAUGCCUUGAUUGUGUCCUCAAUUCAGGAGGCUCUGGAUUCUUGAAGGGCGUAAUCGGCGGAUCCACCUUUUACUUCUUCAAGUCCCUUUGCAGCUCUCCAACCCAUAUCGCUCCUGCUUGCCACGCCGUCCUCCUCAAUGCACCCCGAGUUGGGGGCAAGGUUGCCGCCUGGUAUGCUCUCGACCGUGCCGUCAACUACGCCUUGUAUUCUGUUCGUCAGAAGAACGACCCCUGGAACGGCAUAGCUGCCCCGGCCAUCAGCAGCGGGCUGCUCUCUUUGUGCCGCCGCAGUCUCAGACCCUCCGCAUGCUUCACCAUGUUUGGUGCUCUCAUCGGCACAGUACGAGAGGUCGGCUUGAGUAUUUGA